AUGGCGCGCCACCCAGUCGACAAAUCAGGCAGCAGCAACCAGAGGACCGGUCCAAAUCAGCAGCUCUGCGAGCGAUGUCGGCCCUGGGACGACCUGGUCUCCAUCUCGUCCGGGAUUAACCCACUGAGGCUGGGUUACCCAAUCGCCGGCUCAGUGGACUCGACGCUGCAGUCGAUGCUGAGCAAUACCCACUGCCUCGUCUGUCAGGCGCUGAGCAAGGCGAUUCAGACCAGACUCGCUCAUGAGCAGCGCACAGACCCGAACCUCAACGUGCACGACGUCCUCAUCCUCAACUAUGGCCCUUAUUUCCUCCACUCGGGCUGUCACGAGCAGGCCUCGCCCGACAAUGGCUCAGGGGGUAGCUGGAUGGUGGACUGGUCCGACCCGACCUGCACGAGGCUGCGCCUCAUCAUCAAGCUGGACAUCUUUUGCUCGAGAGGGGACGACAUGCUCGCGCCCUUGUACAUGACGCCGCAGUUUUGUUUGAGACAUGCGAGAUCCAAGCCUACAAUGCUGAUAGGUGUCGACCCUUGGGAGGUGCCAUAUUUCGACACCUCCUUGCUGAGAAGCUGGAUUCAUACCUGUGAUGGUAUUCAUGGCCAUGAGAAGAUCAUUCAAGAUGCUGGUACAGGACCACUACCUCCAGACUUCAGGGUCAUCGACGUGGAGCGUAUGAAGGUGACGAGACCCGUCGAACCUCGUGGUUUCGUCGCUCUUAGCUACAUGUGGCAAACCACAACCUACGGCGGCGGUAUGGCCGUCGAUAUUCACGACCAGUUGACCAGAGUCAACCGGACACGCCUGGAGGCCGAAGGCGGGCUGGGCAGCAUCCAUCUGCCGCCCAUCAUCACAGACGCCAUCGCCCUCUGCCGCAGCCUCGGCGAGCGGUACCUAUGGGUCGACCGCCUCUGCAUCGUCCAGGACGAUGCCGAGUCCAAACAUGGCCAGAUUGGUGCCAUGGACACCAUCUACAGCACCGCCAACUUCACCAUCAUGGCGGCACUGGACUCGCGCGACGGCAGUGCCGGGCUCCCUGGCUGUUCUGGCCGGCCGAGAGUAUCGUCAGUACUGCUACCGCCGCGCGCCUGUGAGGGGAGCCGACGUGGGAUCUUGCCUGUCGGCUUGCGCAAGGUCGUGGACGUGUGCGAGUGGAACAAGCGAGGCUGGACGUUCCAGGAGCGCCUCCUCUCGCGGCGCCGGCUGUUCAUCACCGAGUCUCAGGUCAUCUUCCAGUGCUCAUCUGGCACUGCAUACGAGGAGCUUUCGUAUCUGCCUCGCAACCGCGAUGCCAUUAUCCUCGGCGACGUCCAGGGUGUUUAUCCGGUGGACAAGCAGACCGCUGACGUCAGGGAGAACAUGGAGAAACGCCGUCAGCACCGCCUCCAGAUGCCUGGGUUCGAGGACCUGUACAGCCACGACAGCCGCACCGUGGUAGACGGCUGGUCCAUCAGCCGGUACGAGAUCGGAGCGCCCACUGAUCUCCAGACCUACUUCGAGAGUGUUAGUGACUACACGGCACGACAGCUGAGUUUCCCCUCCGAUAUCCUGAACGCCUUUACGGGAGUGGCCAACGCCUUUGGGCGGGAUCUUUGUACUCGCAUGCUCUUUGGCCUCCCAGAGCGGCAUCUGGUCCAUUCCCUAAUGUGGAGCCGUGCCCGGGUCAGCAACAGGCCACAGACAGCAGACGACAACAGCAAUAACAUGGGGUUGGUGGCAGUGGCGGGCAUGCCGUCCUAUAUCCCCAGCUGGAGCUGGGCCUCGGCGGGCCACCCGGCAGACUACAACUGGUCCGACGACAGGCACUACUCCUUCAAGCUAACCUAUGUCGUACCCCUUGUCUACCUAUACGUCCACGAUCCGUCCAACUCGGGUGGCCUGCGCAUGCUAGACCAGGACGAACGGCCCUGGAGCGAGGAAGACGACUGGACCUCGACAGACACCUGGAGCGACUGUCCCCACACACCAGCCCAAAAGCUCGCCCACCGUGCCCUCGACCCGGCCACGUGCGCCGCCGCGAUGCGGUUCCUUCCCGGUGGUGCGCUGGUGUUCAACACGACAACGGCGGACCUGUGGGUUGAGCAGGAGGCGAGACGAAACGGCACGGCCAAGAUGGGCAGGAUCGUCGCGCCGGCCACGGGGGAGACAGUGGGAUACCUGAGCGGUGCUAGUGCCGGGUGGAUCGCCUCGCAGCAGCACAGCGUAGUAGCAGCACAACGCACGACAUUCAAGUUUGUGGUCCUGAGCGCAGGGGUGUCCAACGGUCGGCCGUGGUCGGGUAAGUCCUCGUCGUCGUCGCGGGCGCAGUCGGUGCGGCUGCUUCACGUCAUGUUGGUCGAGCCUGUUCCCGGCGAGCCGCUUGCCAUGCGCAGAGUCGAGGUCGGAUUUGUCAAUGCUGAGAUGUGGAAAAGUUGUGCGCCGAGAUGGGAGACGGUCGUUUUGUGUUGA